CUCAGGGUCCCGGUCGCGAGGAGGAGGAGGAUGUGGCGGGUGGAGGGGAAACGGCUGCCGGAAACAAGCCGGAAGAGCGUUUCCCAAAGUGUAUUCUGCGGAACUAGUACCUACUGUGUCCUCAGCACCGUGCCACCUAUAGAAAGUGACCAUGGGAACAGCAAUAGUAGUCAUGUAAAAAUCUUUUUACUGAAAAAGCUGCUUGAAUGUCUGCCGAAAUGUUCAAGUUUUCCCAAAGAGAGGCACCAUUGGAACACUAGUGAGGGCUCAUGA